AUGAGUGUCGUCACUCCAGAACAGCAGGAGAUCCUGCGCCAGCAGAUCGCCGACAUCGAGGGUCAGGAGGCUUCGUGUGUCCUUCCCGAGCUGACCAACGACACUGCAUUCGAGCUGGGCUCGCUCAUCCGCACCGACUUUCUCGAGUACUACAACCCAAGCCAGAAUGGUAUCGUCAUCUCCAUCUCGCUCUUCUCCGGCCACACGCUCUUCUCGUGCGCGGUAGGCAACCCGCGCAAGGUUGCUGCAGACAACUGGGACUGGGUCGCAAGGAAGGCUAACACGGUCAGGAGGUUCGGUCUCUCCAGCUACCUUGUUGGACGCACGCGCCUGCUCAAAGGCAAGGAUCUCGACGGCCUUGGACCCGAGUAUGCCGCGCACGGCGGUGGAUUCCCCAUCCGCAUCAAGGGCAUGACCGCUGGCCCCGUCGGCAUCAUCGUCGUCUCAGGCCUCAAGCAGGAGGACGACCACAACCUCAUCAUCCGUGGUAUCCAAAAGCUCCUCGCCAGGCACUGA